AUGCAGCUUCAGGCGCGAAAGGACCGUAUUAUUGCAGCUUUGAAUCAGGCCGUUUGGCUUGAGGACAUUACACGAAAUGCCAAAACACGAAAUCUCGACCUUGGGUUGCCGGAAACUCUUCAGUUCAAGAUGAAGCGUAGAGGGGAACAGGAUCUUACCUUAAAUCUCGUGGAGAACAAGCGACUGAAUCAGAACGCUCCGGUGUACGAGGUCCACACAGAACAUGGUCAGAAUAAACUUGUGAAGAAAGAAACAGCGCCCAUAACUGAUGUGAAGUUCUAUCACGACCAUGAGAAUGGUGGUUCAUUCAUGGUUGAAUACUCAAAGAGAUCCACGGGCGCGUGCCGAAGAACACUGACCGGUAGCGUGGAGAUUGACGAUGAAGCCUUUGAAAUCAAACCGAUGCCGGAAAGAUUUGUAACAAGGUCACUUGCCGGCAACAAGCUCAAUCCCCAUAUGCUUUCCAAGGUGGUAGAUCGAAACGGAAAAGGGAUUCCGAGCAUUAUUGCUAGACGAAGCCAAAGUGCAAAAGAGCUGGAAAACAACCUUUCCAAAGAACUACGACAACUUCUUCUGAAAAGCGAGUUCGACGCCUUCACAGAGGUAAUGAAAAAGGGUUCACUCUAUUUAAUAAUAAAGCAUUGCCCUUAA